UUUUGUUCUUCCAUCCAUCCAUCCAUCCAGUUUAUAAUGUACUUCAUCCAUCCAUCCAUCCAUCCAGUUUAUAAUGUACUCCAUCCAUCCAUCCAUCCAUCCAGUUUAUAAUGUACUCCAUCCAUCCAUCCAUCCAUCCAUGACAUUUGGUGGUCAAACCUCCACUACUACUUUGUUUCCACCAUGACAUAAAAAAUAAAAAGCGACUUUUUAUCUCACAAUUCUGACUUUUUUCUCACAAUUGUGAGUUUAUAUAUCACAAUUCUGACUUUUUUUUCUCAGAAUCAUGAGUUAUAAAGUCAGAAUUGUGAGAUAUAUCGCAAUUGCUUGUUAUGUCCAAUUGUGAGGGGGAAAAAGACUGACGUCAGAAUUGUAAGAUAUAAAGUCAGAAUUGCGUGAUAAAAACUCGCAAUUGCGAGAAAAAAAUAUAACAAGCAAAUCUGAUUUUAUAACUCUCAAUUGUGAGUUUAAAUCUCGCAAUUCUGAGAAAAAAAGUCAGAAUUGUGAGUCGCAAUUACCUUUUUUUUUUUUUUAUUUAGUGGCGGAAACAAGCUUCCAUACAUUUGAGCUUGAUUAUUGUAAAAUAUUAUUAUAAUGGUACAUGCAAUUAUCUGACCAUAUAUAAAGCCACAAUAUCAACUCUGACAACAUAAUGUUUAAUUAGUUAAAAAAUACUGUGUUUUUUCCAUUUCCUGAAAAGUAGCGGUUUUGGACAUACAGGUUUCCACCCGACAGCAACGACAUGCACUACCCGUGCUGCAUUCAGCAGGGAUUUUUAAAUCCUUUGUUGUAUUCCUCAAACAACCCCUGAUUAAAAGAAGAUAACAUUUGCCGCAACCCCAAGAUUAUGAACAGAAUUAUUAGUUUCUUCAAGAAAAAGUGAAGAGCUGAAUUUAUGGCGACAACUAAUUCAUAAAGAUGUUUGAAGUGCGCAGAUGCACCGUGUCAGAAAAGCUGCCCGACUAAUCUGAACAUAAAGGCCUUCAUUACUAGUAUUGCAAACAAGAAUUAUUAUGGGGCGGCACGGACCAUUUUGUCAGACAACCCACUAGGUUUGACGUGUGGGAUGGUGUGUCCCACCUCAGACCUGUGUGUUGGGGGGUGCAACUUGUAUGCGUCUGAGGAAGGACCCAUCAACAUUGGGGGACUGCAGCAGUUUGCCACUGAGGUGUUCAAAGAAAUGGGUGUUCCUCAGAUAAGGAAUCCCAAUCUUCUGCCUCAGAUCAGGAGCUAUCACUCUAAAAUAGCUCUGAUUGGCUGCGGCCCCUCCAGCAUCAGCUGCGCCUCUUUCCUGGCCCGCUUGGGGUACGACGACAUCACCAUUUUCGAGAAGCAGAGGUUCAUUGGAGGACUGAGCUCUUCCGAGAUCCCGCAAUUCCGCUUGCCAUACGAUGUGGUUCAGUUCGAGGUGGAUUUGAUGAGAGACCUGGGAGUGAAGAUUGUCUGUGACCGAGGACUCGGCCAAGAUGGAAUGACUCUGCUCUCUCUAAAGGAGGAAGGAUACAAAGCUGUGUUCAUUGGAAUCGGUCUUCCUCAAGCUAACAGACACAAGCUCUUUGAUGGCCUCUCCACAGAACAGGGUUUUUACACGUCGAAGGACUUUCUCCCCCUCGUUGCGAAAGCCAGUAAACCAGGGAUGUGUAGUUGUCACUCAGCGCUGCCGGAGCUCCGUGGUACUGUGAUCGUUCUGGGCGCUGGAGACACAGCCUUCGACUGCGCUACUUCUGCCCUCCGCUGCGGCGCCCGCCGUGUGUUUGUGGUCUUUAGGAAGGGAUUCACCAACAUACGAGCUGUUCCUGAGGAGAUGGAGCUGGCCAAGGAGGAGAAAUGUGAGUUCCUGCCCUUCCUGUCUCCACGUGAGGUGUUGCUAAAGGGAGGCCGGGUCCAUGGAAUGGAGUUCUGCCGAACCGAGCAAACAGAGUCGGGACAGUGGGUGGAGGAUGAAGAUCAGACCAUACGACUGAAGGCCGACUAUAUCAUCAGUGCUUUCGGCUCUCUGAUGAAUGACCCCGCAGUGAUCGAGGCCAUGGCUCCCAUCAGGUUAAACAGAUGGGGGCUUCCUGAGCUGGACCCAGAGAGCAUGCAGACUAGUGAGCCGUGGGUGUUCGCUGGGGGCGAUGUGGCCGGUCUGGCCAAUACCACCGUGGAAGCAGUCAAUGAUGGGAAACAGGCCUCCUGGCACAUACACAGAUACUUACAGUCCAUCUUCGGCCAGACGGUCAGCGGCCCGCCCCAGCUGCCUCUCUUCUACUCACCCAUAGACAUGGUGGACAUCAGCGUGAAGAUGUGCGGCAUCACGUUCCCCAAUCCGUUCGGGCUGGCCAGUGCUCCACCCACCACCAGCGCCGCCAUGAUCCGCAGGGCCUUCGAGCAGGGUUGGGGUUUCGCCCUCACCAAAACUUUUUCAUUGGACAAGGAUUUGGUCACCAAUGUGUCUCCACGUAUAGUGCGUGGAACCACUUCCGGCCCGCUGUUUGGUCCUGGGCAGGGCUCCUUCCUCAACAUUGAGCUGAUCAGUGAAAAGACGGCUGCCUACUGGUGCCAGAGCGUCACGGAACUCAAAGCCGACUUUCCUGACAAUAUUGUCAUAUCCAGCAUAAUGUGCAGCUACAACAAAGCUGAUUGGACCGUACUUGCCAAAAUGGCAGAGGAGUCUGGCGCUGAUGCCCUGGAGCUGAAUCUAUCAUGUCCUCAUGGAAUGGGGGAGAGGGGAAUGGGGCUCGCCUGUGGGCAGGAUCCAGAGCUGGUGCGGAACAUCUGUCGGUGGGUUCGACAGGCUGUCCGUGUCCCGUUCUUUGCCAAGCUCACCCCUAAUGUGACCAACAUCGUGGACAUUGCCAAGGCUGCACAGGAAGGUGGAGCAGAUGGCGUCACAGCCACCAACACGGUUUCAGGGCUGAUGGGACUCAAGGCAGACGGCUCUCCCUGGCCUGGCAUCGGCCGAGGAAGGCGCACCACAUAUGGUGGAGUGUCUGGAAAUGCCAUCCGGCCCAUCGCAUUGAGAGCAGUGUCCGCCAUAGCGAAAGCUCUGCCUGGUUUUCCCAUUCUGGCCACCGGGGGCAUCGACUCUGCAGAGUCCGGAUUGCAGUUCCUCCAUGCUGGAGCCACAGUGUUACAGGUGUGCAGUGCGAUACAAAACCAGGACUUCACUGUGAUUGAGGACUACUGCACUGGUCUGAAAGCGCUGCUCUACCUGAAAAGCAUUGAGGAGCUCCAGGACUGGGACGGCCAGUCGCCUCCUACAGCCCGCCAUCAGAAGGGAAAGCCUGUGCCUACGCUGGAGGAAGUCAAAGGAAGGAUUCUGCCCAGUUUUGGCCCGUACCUGCAGGAAAAGAAGGAGGCGAUUGCGAACCACAAAAAGAAACUGAAAGACUACAGUGACGACGCUGUUUCCACUGAAGGAACGAGAGUUUACACUCCCAAGGGUCCCGUGCCAAGAGUUAAAGAUGUGAUAGCCAAAGCUCUGAAACACAUCGGUGCCUAUCAAGAGCUAAACAUUCAGGAGCAAGUGCAGGCUCUGAUCGAUCCGGAGAUGUGCAUUAACUGUGGGAAGUGUUACAUGACCUGUAAUGAUGCUGGAUACCAGGCCAUUGUGUUUGACCCCGAGACUCAUCUCCCCGCGAUUCAGGACAGCUGCACCGGCUGCACUCUCUGCCUCAGCGUCUGCCCCAUCAUCGACUGCAUCAAGAUGGUUGCCAGGACAACGCCUUACGUGCCAAAGCGAGGCCUCCCUCAAGUCGUGGAGCCUGUGUGCUGAGAGAAAUCCGAGACCAAAAAGAUAAAAAUGUCUACAUCACAGCAUCGAAUUUACCUCGUAAUUGCAGUGUGAAGAAUUAACUUUGUUGUGGGGUGGGGAGGGGGAGCAAAUAAUUAGAUUUAAAAAAAAUAAUAAUUGCCUUAUUUUCAGGAGCCAAUUAUCUAGAAAUAAUCUUAGGGGGUGUAAAGCGUGGUGUUAUUUUGAAACAAUAGCAAGGCAAUUUAUCGAGGUGAGGUUCCUGUCUCUCUUUCUCUGAGGGCUGAUGGGAAUGAAUCUGAGCAGUGGGAAUAAUGGCUGUUUAUGCAGAUGUGGGAAGACUGUGCUCUGCCUGAACGCUGUAUCCUUUAACAAGAGCCACGAUGAUGGAUCGUCCACUACAUCCACAACAGAAUGCAAUCACAUAUACAAGAGGUGGUGAUGGGAAAUGAGGAAAUGAAUGGAUUUUAAUUGAAUGGUGGAUGGUUUGGCACGGAAUCACACUCAGUGUUGUUUUCCAAAACAUAUUAUGAUUCGAAAACGUUUGUUUGAUGUUAUAUAUGCUAUAUUGUAUCCAAAAAGCCUGCAUACCUCUAAAACUAAACACAAAGUAUUAGUUAACCACUUUUAUUUCUAAUUGACAUUAAUGUCCCUUUAACCCUUAAUAACAAAUGUGGUUGAUUUUGAUUGCAUUAGCCAUCUGGAUAGGGUCAUUUAGAGAGCCGGUCUACCCUAGAAAUAUACUGAACAUUUAAGUAAAGGUCAUCUAUGACUAUUUCCAGACAUUAGAGAUGAAGACUAGCUGUUAUUCAUCUUGGACCCAAAAGGUCAAGUCUGACCACCUCUAUCUCAACAAAUACAGGGCCCGUCCGUACUGCACAUACAAGCACCUCGCUUGCUCCCUACAGACGAUCAAACAUGGUGAUGGCUGGUCAGGAUAGCUGUGCACUGGGUCAAUACUGGGUCGUAUUUCAGCUCAAAAUCAAAAGAAAACAGAGGACAUCAUAGCACUUUCUCAUUGCAACAAUGUGAAAAAAAAAUGGAGAUUUAUAUACUAUAAAUCAGUAACUCAGUUAUACAAUCCUCAAUACAUUUUUUGUUUAUUUAAAGCAACAGUAAUUACAUGUAAUGCAAAUACUACCAUUAUUUACAAAUUAUACUAUAUAUUAUAUUUUUAAUAUUAAAGUAAUGAGAAUUAUGGGGAAAAUAUGGUUAAUGGUUAAAAAUGUCUCAGGUCAUACUUUACCUCAAUGAAUAAAUAAAUAGAUUAUUAAAUAU